AGGACAGCGGCUCUAUAAGAAGCUCCUCGUGUCUCAGUCUGGAUCAGUUGGACAUGUCUCUGUGUCGGUUCUGGUCUCAUGUGAUCCUCAGCUGGUCUGUCAGCGUCCAGCAGCAGCCAUGAGAGCCGGGGUCCCGGUGCUGUCUGCAGGCAGCAGGAUGAAGAAGAGGAGGAGGAAGAGCCCGGUGGUCCCGGUGCUGCUGCUGCCGGACCUGGAGCUCUGGUUCCGGCUGCUGGACCGGCUGGUUCCGGGUCUGCAGCCCGGAACCAGCCGGUCCAGCAGCAGGGUGGAGAUCCUGCAGCGCGUCAUCGACUACAUCCUGCAGCUGCAGACCGAGCUGCAGGAACCGACCUGCACAGCUGCUAGCUUUUCUCUCGCAGGUGUUAGAAACGAGGCUGAUCGGACGCCACCAGAGUUCAUCUGCAGGAAGCUUUUAUUUUGGCAGCUCGGAGGACUCGGCAGGUCAUCGACUUCUUCACCUGAUUUCACGGUCUGACUCCGUUUAACCAGCGACGACGAGCGUCAAUGAAGUCAAACUGAGACUCCUUUGACAUUUCUGUCUAAUCUAGACGUCUUUAUUUCGUCCUGAUGAGACUGAAACCAGCAUGUUGGGAUGACGUUGGAUGCUUCUUCAUGUCCGGUCUGAUCUGAUGACGGAGGAUCGUCACACGCCGACGUCUCACGUUGUGUUUUAAAUUCACUGAAGACUCAUCGGCUGCGUUUCAACCGGCUACUGAAACCCACAUUUUUGAUACCAAGUCUGGUUUGAAAUCAGUUU